AUGGACACGUCGUCAACCCUCGCGACGAGCGCCAACCCGACAAUUCCCGCCGAACAGCUUGCCGCACUUACAUCGCUGCUGUCGGGACUCACCGCUGCCGCUUCCGGCACUACCGCACCCGCCACGACAUCCGGCUCCAAUCGCAAUGCCUUCCCGAAGCAUGCGCGGUUGGACGGGCCGAAGACGUUCGCGAACUGGACACGCCAGCUUCGCCUGUGCCUAGCGGACGACAUCCGCUCCUACGUCCUCCGACGGAAUCACCCCCGCGAUUGGACGCCUUCGCAACGCUCCGCCCGCGACGUCGUGGCACGCGAGAUCCUUGCAAACUCAAUCGACUCGGCCGAAGUCUCGGCAGUCCUCGACAAGAUCCCUACGGCCGACCUCACAGCGCCCAAGAUUUACUCGACGCUGAAAUCGCGAUACGCCCUGAUGACGCCACUCGCACGCUCGAGCUCUUCUCGCGACUCUGGGGCUUCCGACCCAUGCCCGAACGGUUGGCGAAUUUGACAGUUGGAUCAUGGACUUCAAGUCGGUCGCGGCAAGAGAUCAUCGAUACGAAAACGACGAUCAACGACGUCCUUGCCACACUCCUCCUCGCGAUCGCCCACCCGUCACUCGAGAGCUUCAAGGCAACGUUCACCGACGAACAACGCACGCAACGAACUCUCCCUGACAUCGAUUCAGUGGCCGACCGUAUGCGAGUUCAACUCCGGUCAACGAACCUCUCCAACGAUCAAUCGGCCCUCCUUGCCUCGUCGUCGCCACGUUCUACCCGUACCAAGUGCCUCGCCUGUCGCAGCCCUUCUCACCGCGUCGCACAAUGCCCUACAAGGGCCCAGCAUCCACCGCCAGGCCCGUGUCGCUCCUGCAAGAAGAAGGACCACUGGUCUUUCGACUGCAAAAAGGCUCUUGAGGACGGGAAAACGCCCGACACCUCUGAUGCGCAACACCAUGUCGGAUGUCUCGCCACCGGUCUUCUCGCACAUCGUCGUCAGCUUCGCAACAACUCCUUCGUCGUCGACUCGGGUGCCACUUCGCACAUGGUCUCGGACAAGUCGCUGUUCACGGCCCUAUCGCCACAUCGCUCCUACGAAGAUUGGUGGUAUUGCAGGGGGCAUCAACGCCGUCCGGAACGGGAAACAUCGCCUUUGUUGCCCGCCUCCGGUCACCCGAUCACGCUUACCGGCGUGCUGCACACCCCGGGCCUGUCUGUCAACCUCCUCUCGGUCUCUCGACUUUGCGACACCGACGAUGUCCGUGUGCCUUCACGAAGCACGGCAUCCAUAUCGACAAGAACGGCAAUGCUAUCGCUGAAGGCGCAAGACUCGAGGAAGGGCUCUACUUGCUGGACGCUGAUCAUUCCAAAUGUCAGCAUCUCGCUCUCCUCUCUCGCUCACAGUCUUCCGUGCCCCUGCUGACCCUUCACCGCUGCCUCGGCCAUCUCGCACCGUCGUCCAUACAGAAGAUGGUUGCCGCUGGUUUGCUGGAAGGUCUCGGGGCCGGAUAUAGUGACGAAGAGGUAGAGAAGUUUGUCUGCAAUGCUUGCCUCAGUGCAAAGGGCCAUCGUCUUCCUUUUCCCGAUUCGGACUCGCACUCCUCAGAGAGACUCGGCCUCGUACACAGCGAUGUGCUUUCCUUUCCCGAGUCGUCCUUGACUGGCAAGCGUUACCUGGUCACGUUUCUUGACGACUUCUCGCGCAAACUGUGGGCAUACGCGAUCGGACACAAAAGCGAAGUCUUUGGCGUGUUCAAGACAUGGCUUGCCGAGGUCGAACUCGAGACGGAUGCAAAACUGAAGGUCCUCCGAACGACAAUGGUGGCGAAUACUGUUCGAGAGCGUUCACGGAAUUCUGUAAGGCACGCGGCACACGUCGACAAUACUCUAUCCCUCGAACGCCUCAACAGAACGGUCGUGCCGAACGAGUCAAUCGUUCUAUCGUCGAAGGUGUCCUUGCCCUCCUUGCAGACGCCCACUUACCCAAAUCAUUCUGGGAGGAGGCAGCAGCUUAUUUCGUCUACUGCAAGACCUGUGCGAACACUCGGCCCUGGACAAGGCAACACCGAACUUCGCCUGGCAGGGCGACCGCACCAACGCCUCGGCGCUUCACCCGUUCGGCUGCACGGCUUGGCUCACAGUCGCGCCUGAACUUCGUCGAAACUCGACCCGAAAGCGGUUCGCGUUCUCUUCACCGGCUAUGACCUGGUUCUAAAGCCUUCCGUUUCUUACACACGAACGACCAAGAAGAUCAGUUUGGGCAGAAAUGCCAGGUUCCUCGACAACGAAUUUCCCGGGUUACGUAGCGACUCCACCGAGCAAGACGCCGACACGCACUUCGCCAGCGCUUGCCCGACCACCGAAUCCCAAGCCGUUGUCAAGACAUGGACCCCACUAGUAAGGUCGGCGCACAUGGACGUCUCAUCCUCUCUUGAUGACUCUGCCAUGAGCGCCGUUGACGUGGCCCAGGGUACACUGGCGGAACCUUACUUAAUUCCACAGAUGCCGAAUCGUCCUCGUCACCGUCUCCUGAGCCGUCCUCGUCACCGUCGCCCGCAACUCCCUUGUCACCGUCGCCUGCGCUGUCACCGUCGUUGGCUGCGUCAUCGUCACCCUCGGCCUUACCGACCGACUCUGACUACUCCGCCGACCCUCUGGACCUCAUCGGCUCACAGACCCCGACUCGCCUCGGCCCACCGGACGUGCACGCCCAGACUUCAGCACGUACCGUGAGCCCGCAUCGGCUGAGGAGUCGCCCGACGAACUCGACAUCAUUGGGCGCCACUCGCGCGAUGAAUCGCCGGACGGAAAUCGAUUUCCUCACCCAACACCACCGCGCCUUCAUCGCCACCGACGACGACAACUCUGACACAGAAGCCAUUCAACCAGUCAAGUCCAUCACCAGCGACCCACAGACAUGGCGCGAGGCAAUGUCGAGUGACAAGCGCGAAGUGUGGGCCAAGGCCGCUACCGACGAGUUCAAUUCCAUGCGCGACGACUUCAAGGUCUUCACCAUCGAGGACCGAUCCACGGUACCAGCGGGUGCGACCAUCGUCACAUCCAAGUUCGUCUGGAAAACGAAACGGAAUGCACUCGGCGAAGUCACCGGCCACAAGGCACGGCUCGUGGCGCAGGGAAAUCGGCAACGCGACGGCAUCGACUUCAACGAAACCUUCGCACCAGUCGCACGCUUCUCUCUCGAUACGCUCACUCCUCGCGCUGGCGGCCGCCAACGGCUUGCACGUGCACCAGGCGGACAUCGACAAAGCCUAUCUGCAUGGCGACCUUGACCAUGACAUCUGGAUGACGACACCGCGCGGCUUCGACCCACCGACAAGGUGCUUCGUCUGCGACGCUCCAUCUACGGACUCAAACAGGCUGGCCGAAUCUGGAAUCGACACAUCGACGCAUCGCUUCGAGAUCUCGGCUAUACGGCGACGGGCACCGACCACUGCGUGUACUCUCGGAUCGACGAUCGGCGACGCCCACACUACAUCGCGCUGUACGUCGACGACCUCCUGAUGAUCAGCCCCGACUUGGCCGAAAUUGAACGUGUCAUCUCGGGCCUCGAACAACGCUACGGCGUCAAGCGCCUCGGCCCGGCAGAGUACAUCCUCGGCAUCCAGAUCAGGCGACUCGAAGACGGUUCUAUUGCCCUGUCCCAGGAACGGUACAUCAUGGACGUGCUUGCUCGGUUCCACUUCGACACCACGACUCGCGGCACUACAGUCCCGAUGACCCCCGGCCUUUCGCUCACCGCCAUCCGGGUCAAGGCACCGAACGGAUCAGGUCAUGGUAUCUGCAGGCUAUCGGCUCGCUCCUCUACAUUUCGCUCGGCACCCGCCCGACAUCGCCUUCGCCGUGUCCUACCUGGCCCGCUUCGCCAACAACCCUGGACGUCGUCACUGGAUCGCGGUCAAGCACAUCCUCCGCUAUCUCCGGGCCACAUAUCGCGACGAACUGGUUUAUGCUUGCGGCGAGACACGCAUCACGGGCGUGGUUGGCUACUCCGACGCGAACUGGGGGCCUGCGUCGAUACGUCGGUGUCCACUAUGGGCUACGUCUUCUACAUUGCCGGAUCCGCCGUGUCUUGGUCGUCCAAGCGUCAAUCUCGAGUUGCCGAUUCUACCACCGACGCUGAAUACCUCGCCCUCUCGCAUGCUGGCAAGGAAGGGAUCUACCUCAGUCAGCUGCUCGAGGAGCUCCAUGUCCAACCUGUUGCACCGGCUCACAUUUUUACUGACAAUGAAGCCGCUGCCGCAGUUGCCACGCCCUGUCCGCGUCUCGGCACUCGACACAUACGCUUGCGCGAGCACUUUUUGGACAUGGUGAAUCGGGGCGAUAUCUCACUCUCGCAUGUGGGAACCAGCAACAUGGUGGCCGACAUCUUCACAAAGGCUCUUGGCCCAAAGAUUUUCUCGACACACUGCUACGCACUAGGCCUUCGCACUCGACACCCACGGCUUGGAUCUGCCUCGCAUUCGCGUGGGGGGGGUGUGAAGAGUCCACUCUCAGCUCGACAGGGGCGCCUCGGUCGUUGCGCGCGCCUGCUAGCCUGGCCCCUGUGGUGGGACUUAGGCGCGCGCGAGUGCCUCAGCGCGCCGGCGCCGGCGGUUUUCGGGCGCGCGCCGCUAGCCCGCCCUUGCAGUGGGGACUUAGCCGCGCGCGACUGCCUCAGCGCUCCAGCGAUUUCGCCCGCGCCUGGGCAUAUCCCAGCGCGGGCCACCUUUCCAUUUCUUAGCUUCCUUCUCAUCACUUCUGUUCGACUCUCGACUUCUCCUGACAGUAGUGGUGAUCAUCUCAUAGGUACGCUGAAAUAG